AUGACAUCAAGGUAUAGAGUUGAAUAUGCAUUGAAAAGUCAUCGUCGAGAUGAAUUCAUUGAAUGGAUUAAAGGAUUAUUGGCUACACCAUUUGUAUUACAUGCAGAUGAUUCCCAUGCAGAUGCACAAUUAGUUGCUGAAGAUUGUCAAAAAAGGUAUUUGGAGAUUUUUAAAGAUGUUGAAAUGUUAGUUCAACAAACUAUAUUUUUUGAUGAAUUAAAUGAAGAACCAGGUAGGAAACAAAUUCAUAGUAGGUUAAGAAAAUUAGUUCCUUCAAUUGGAAGAUUCUUCACUCCUUUACCUUUGGCAGAUGCAUUUUUAUUAGAAGAUGAAAGAAGAGCAAUUUCAAAAAGAAGACUAGUUAGUCCUUCAUUUAAUGAUGUUAGAAUGAUUUUAAAUACUGCUCAAAUUUUAGCAUUAACUAGUAUUUAUAAACAAAAUAAAGGAGCCAGAUUAAAAUUAGUUACAUUUGAUGGUGAUGUGACAUUAUAUGAUGAUGGGAAAUCAUUGGAUGAAAAUAGUUCAGUGGUUCAUAGAUUAAUUAAAUUGUUAAGUUUAGGUUUAUACGUUGGUGUUGUUACGGCUGCUGGAUAUCCAAGACAAAGUGGAGCAGAGAAAUAUUAUGAAAGAUUUAAAGGAUUAAUUGAUCAUUUAAAUAGUGAAAAUUGUACUUUGAAAACUCAUCAAAAAGAAAAUUUCUUUGUUAUGGGAGCAGAAUCAAAUUAUUUAUUCAGAUAUGAUAAUGAAAUGAAAGGAUUAAGAUAUAUUGAUGGUGAUGAAUGGUUUUUACCACAAGUUAGAAAUUGGAAUCCUUCAAAAGUUAAUUAUAUAAUGGAUACCCUUCAUAAACAUUUGGUUUAUUUAAGAAGUAAUUUCAAUUUAGAAGAUUCAACAACAAUUAUUAAAAAAGAAAGAUCAGUUGGUAUUAUUCCUAAUUCGGGUUGUAGGAUAUUAAGAGAGCAAUUGGAAGAAAUGGUUUUAUCAUGUUCAGUUAAAUUAAAUACUAUUCUUGAUUCAUCACAAAAUUUUGCUACUUCAACAGAAGCGCUUUGUCAAACAGAUGAAAUUAAAGUUUGUGCAUUUAAUGGAGGUUCAGAUGUUUGGGUAGAUAUUGGUGAUAAAGCAUUGGGAGUUGAAUCUUUACAAAAAUAUAUUUGUCAUGAUGAAACAUCAGAUGUUUGUCCAAUUUCAAAAGCUGAAAGUUUGCAUAUUGGUGAUCAAUUUGCCAGUUUAGGUGCUAAUGAUUUUAAAGCUAGAUUAAGUGCAUGUACUGUUUGGAUAGCUAAUCCAAGAGAAACCGUGGCAGUAUUAGAUGAUUUGAUUGAUUUUAUAGAAGGUUAA